CACCCACUAUCUCUUUCUUUCUUUGUCUCCGUCUUCUUCUUCCUCUUCCUUCCUCACUGUUAACGCAGAGCCUCCGUUUCUUCUACCUCUCCUCCUCCACAGAAACUAUCUUCCAUUCUCUUUCUUAAAUAUUCCUUUUGAUUCUUUGGUACGAAUAAGAAGAAGAACAAGGAGGCGGUGUUUCUCUUGUCCUCGGUUGAAAGACAUUAGGUGUGCGAAAAAAUAAACACAGAUCGGAAAUCGUAAAACCUAUCAUUUACAAAAAAAAAAAAACAUCCGUUCGCACUUGGGGUAUAAUGAUGAGGUAUCAGAGAGUAAGCCCAGAUUGUCUCCCCCUUACGAACGGAGCCAAGAAGCCCUACUUAAGACCUUCACCAUCAUCUAACGAAGACACAACGACCUCAAUCCCCGCCGGAAGAGGAUUUAACGGCGAAUCAUGCACCAUCAGCUCGUCACUAGACGGAGUUCCCAAAGGAUUCCGGUUCAGAUCCACCCAACAACAACAACAAGAUCCUAGUCCCGGCCGCGGCUGUGGAGAUGUGCUGUUGCAGUGGGGACAGCGGAAGCGAUCGAGAAUCUCCAGAGCCGAGAUCCGAUCCUCCUCAACCGCAACAGCAGCCGAUGAUUCUUCCUCGUCUUCUGGACAAGGUAAGACUCAAUCGAACAAGCUCUCGAGAAGAUCGGUUAAUCCGUCUAUGCCACCGCCUCCUGCUCCUGUUUUCUCUGGCCAGACUUCAAACCAUAGAAACGGUUUCGUCGGCGGCAAGGAAAUUUUCCUUUCCAGGAAUCUAGAAGAUCGAUCAGCCAACGGAUCACCAUCAAGGCACAUCGACGGCCGUAUGGCGUCCAGAUCAGCCGGCUCAAAGCGAUCUCCACCGUCUCCUGACCAAAUCGAGAAGAGAUCUAGCGUCAGAGAUCAUCAUAGACAAAACGGGUUGGAUCAUAAUCAUGAUCAACAACAUCAAAGAGUGAGCAGAUCAGAAUCAAUGGCUCAGGCUCAUCCAGAGCUGGAGACAAACAAAAACAAUGGAGAGAGAGAGAAAGCAACGCAAGUGGAAACAAGAGAGUGGCCAAGGAUCUACAUUGGCUUGUCUAGGAAAGAGAAGGAACAAGAUUUCUUGGUUAUGAAAGGCACAAAGCUUCCUCACCGACCCAGGAAACGAGCUAAGAACAUUGAUAAAUCCCUCCAGUAUUGUUUCCCAGGGAUGUGGUUAUCUGAUUUGACCAAGAAUCGUUAUGAAGUUAGGGAGAAGAAAAAUGUGAAGAAGCAGCCGAAACGGAGAGGAUUGAAAGGGUUGGAGAAUUUGGAUACCGACUCCGAGUAAAUUCUGCUUCUUUUUCUGGUUAUCGAUUGAGUUUAUAUAAAGAGUUGGGGAGGACGAAUGUACGUGUGGCUUGCUUGUGAUGCUCGUGCCAACAAGAACCCAGUGGAGCGAGAGAGCUAUCGAGAAGUUCACCCUUUUUCUUUUUGUUGCUGUUAGUGUAACAAAGAGAAGAAGGUGACAAUGCAUCUAAAUAAACAUAAUUCAGUUUUUAAUCUUUUUUGUCACAAAUUCAGUUUUCUUAAUCAUUUACAAAAAUGAAACGAAAAACGGAAUCUUUACCUGUUUUGAAACCUCUUUUGCCUUCUAUUUCUUGGAUAAAUCAAUUUAACAGAUUCCUUUA